AUGGUUGGCGGAACGAAGGGGAAAAUCACCCUCUAUGUCGACAUUGUCAGUCCCUUUGCAUACUUGGGAUACUAUUUCCUACGGCAUUCCUCCAUCUUCCACAACGUGCAAAUCACAUACAUCCCCAUCCUGCUGGGCGGGCUGAUGAAGCAGUGCGGCAACAAGACGCCCAUCGAGAUCCGCAACAAGGACCGCUGGAUCAACGUCGAGCGGCUGCGCUGGGGCCGCCAGUUCCACAUCCCCAUGGCCGAGAAGCUUCCCGCCGGGUUCCCCAAGCCGACGAUCCAGCUGCAGCGGUUCCUGACCAGCGUGUGGAUGGAGGAUAACGACAAGGCGACGGGUCAGAAACAACAGGACACCUUCGUCCGCGCUCUGGAUACGCUGUACGCGGCGCUGUGGACGGACCCGACACAGGGCGACAUCGACGAGCCGAAUACCUUUUCGCGCGUGCUGACACCCGUGCUCGGCCAGGACGUCGUCGCUCGACACAUGGCCCGUAUGGGCGCGCCCGAGGUCAAGAAGCAGUUGAUCGCGAACACGGACCAGGCUUUCAACGACGGCGCCUUCGGCCUGCCGUGGUUUCAGUGCGAGAAUGCUAAAGGUCAGGUCGAGGGCUUCUGGGGAUUCGACCAUCUCGGCCAGGUCGUCCGCUUCAUGGAGCUGGAUGGGCAGGGCGAGGUGAAGGCCUUGCUGUGA